UCGUGGCGCUGUUGCCCAGUAACGCGUUUUCAUGGUGACGGCGGCCACAACAACAGCGGGCGGCAGCUUGAGACGGGAACGGGAGGAGGAUGGCGGCACAGGAGAGCGUGUAUAACCUCUUGCCACGGCUGGAGGAGAAGCCCGUCAAACCCCCGAGGUACAUAUCAACGUUUCGGCCGUCCGUGAAGCUCGAAAUAGGGCAAAGUAAAGCGCAAUGGAAAACUAUGGGGCCAGCAAAAGUUGCAGUGCCAUCUCCAAAGGAUUUCCUGAAGAAACACUCCAAGGGACCCACGUUACCAGCAAGAAAAAAAGAACAGGAGAGUAAGAAACUGCCUGAAUUAUCAGUGCCACGGAGGACAGAUCGCCCAGUUAUGGGACUUCAGAGUAAAAAGAAUUUUAUAAAAGCAAACGCAGUUGCUGCUAUCAAAGGAUUGCCUAAAAAGCCUCAACAUAUUUAUGUUGAUAGAAGACAGGGAGACAAAUACUUGCUUGAACCUUCAGGACUUGUUCCAAAGUAUACUAAAAAAAAGGAUUAUGGUACUACACCAAAAUACGUAAUCCAGAGGAGUGAAGAAAAGAGGAAAGCUAAGGAAGAAUAUGAAAACAAAGUUUUGGAGCAUCUGAAGAAAAAAGCCAUGAAACAGCUAUCUGAUGAAGAAAGGGCAAAUCUUCUGCAGGGGCUGAAGAAGAAAUGGGAGGAAGUGUAUCACAAAUUUCAGUGCCUUUCAGUAGAAAUAGACACUGUACCCAAGAAGCUGAAUAAAGAAAAGCUGGAAUCACAGAUGAAGCAACUGGAGCAUGACAUAGCUGUAAUUGAGAAGCACAAAGUUAUCUACAUUGCAAAUGAGUAAGGACUGUUUUUCAGACAUUGCCUCUUUCCUCAUUUUCUCUUUCUCUACCCUUGUUCUUCCAAGAAAAAACAAACAAAAACCCAAAGCUCAAAAGAAGUUGAAGUUAUUCAGAAGGAAAUAUCCAAGCAAUAGAAGUAUGCAGCUACUUAGUUAUUUGUAACAACUUCUCUAAUUCUUAAGUGUACAACUAAUAUUUUUUCAAAUAAAAUUCUUAAUAUAACCAUA